CUCCGCCCUCCCCCCCCCACACGUUUCAACGGCCUCCUCUGCUCUUGCUGAACUGAGCAGGAGGGAGCGGGAGCCCGCGCACCCCCCCACUCCCAACCCUUCCCAGGGAAGGGAGGCGGGCCUGCUGAGUAUCCUCCGUCUCUGUGGUUCCAAUCGGGUUCCUGUGCCUCCCGUUUCCCCACCUCCCUCCAGCCCGCCCCGUUAGACUGGCCGACGCGAGAGGAGAGCUCAGUGUAUGUGCGGCAACACCAUGUCUGCUCCGCUCCCAGCCAUUGUCCCGGCCGCCAAGAAGGCCACCGCCGCGGUCAUAUUUCUCCAUGGAUUAGGAGAUACUGGGCAUGGCUGGGCAGAAGCAUUUGCUGGUAUUAGGAGUCCACACGUGAAGUAUAUUUGUCCACAUGCGCCCAUCAUGCCAGUUUCUCUCAACAUGAAUAUGGCCAUGCCUUCCUGGUUCGAUAUUUUUGGACUUGCUCCAGAUUCACAGGAAGAUGAAGCUGGAAUCAAACAAGCAUCAGAGAAUGUGAACACACUUAUAGAACAAGAAGUAAGGAAUGGAAUACCCUCAAACAGAAUAAUUUUGGGAGGAUUUUCUCAGGGAGGAGCUUUAUCUUUAUACACUGCCCUCACAACGCAACAGAAGUUAGGGGGUGUUAUAGCACUCAGCUGUUGGCUUCCACUGCGGACUUCAUUUCCACAGGGUCCCAUCAAUUGCAUCAACAAAGACAUGUCUAUUCUCCAGUGCCAUGGUGACCGUGAUCCUUUGGUUCCUUUAAUGUUUGGAAGUGUGACUUCUGAAACACUAAAGAAAAUGUUAAACCCUGGCAACAUAACUUUCAAAAUGUACUCAGGCAUGAUGCAUAGCUCAUGUAUUGAGGAAAUGAUGGAUGUGAAGCAAUUUAUUGAUGAGCACCUACCUCCAAUUGACUGAAAUAUAUGAGAAGCCUUCGGUUAAAUGCACCAGCAUCAUCUGUACUAGUUGUUUUUUCAUGUAGCUAUUUCUAAAGCAUCUCUGUGCCUACAGUAUUAACUGUAUUGCAAAGAUUAGAAACUAUAACUUCAUGAGAAACAAUAUUCUUUUUAAACCCCAUUGGCCAUAACAUAGAUAUAUGGCAGUGGAAAGGCAUGUUGGAAUAUAAUUAGGUAUUCUCUUCCUUGCUAGAUCAUUCCAAAUUUAAAGUUAUGGAGCCCUUUUAUAAUUCAGAGCAAGAUUUUCCCCCAAAUCCUGUUAUAUUAUUACUUGCUAAAUUAACACUUAUAUAUGCAGUAUAUAAAACUAAGCAUGCAGUGGUAGAACGAGUAUUAACGUUCACAUUUAACCAAUAUUAUUGCAUGUUCAAGGUAAGUCUCAAGUCUUUAAAUGAUCCCUACACCUUGGAGGAAUACAGUAUUUUAUCCUAAAUGUGUGCCCUACUACUUAGAAUCUUUGAAAAAGUAUUUAUAACAAAUGUUUCUCAUUCAGCUGUCCUUACUGAGAUAAAUUUAGACAUAGAUGUCACUAAAUUAUAUGUAGAAUAAAACAAAAGUCAUUAGAAAUUUUAAUAUAUUGCAAAAAAUGAGCUUUCAAAAGCUCUUUUAAGUAGCUAACUUCUUAAAAAUCAAAAUAUAUUGUAUAUGUUAGUCUUAACUUGUUCUGCUUCAAAAAAAAUCAAAAAAGAAAUCAAGGUUGUUGUUUAAAGCAUUGCACAAUCAACUGAUAUAAGAGACAAGAGAAGGGGUGCAUACAAAGAAUAUUUUAUUUUAAAGCUGAAAAAGAUCACUGUGAAAAUUUGGUUGAACUGUUCUAAAUCUAUCACAGCUCAGCAGAAAUGUAAUGUUUGGUUAUUCAAAACGAAAUCUGGAGGGAUACCAGAGAAGUUUUUUGGAGAAAGUUAGGAUAAGACUGGUGCACAUCAUUUCCUCCUAAGCAAGGCAUGUGCAUUGCUGCCAUCUCCUUGCUCUUCCCAUGGCCGCCUUCAACCACUACCGCUGAUAUUCAGCAUGGCGUAUCACACUGCCUAUCUGUUCCUCCCACCCUACAGAGGAUUUUUCCAGCAUUUUUUUAAUUUUAUAAUUACAUUUGUAAUUAUAAUUAUAAUUAAGUAAUUAAUAAUGUAUAAUUAAUUAAUAAUUAAUAAUGUAAUUAAUUAUAAUUACAUUUGUACAUUUGCUUUCUCCAGUUGCGACUGAUAUCCAAUAUGCCAUCACCAAGGCAACAUGGUUGUUUGGUGCAGAGCACCACAAACUAGCUGUUUUGGAACAGUUUGUGCAAGCAACAUUUUCAAUAUCCCUGGACCAAGUCAUUCAGAAAUAAGAUACUACUUCACCCUUGUCAUGACAAAUUUUACAUCUAAAUUCUUAAGACUUGAAAUUUUAUUUCAGAUAAAUACAUCUUCCUGCAGAAGUUUCAUGUUUUGUACAUAUAUACAGUUAAUUCUAUACAUUCAUUUUACUUCUAUAUGUACUUCGUGUACAUAUAGAAAUUUAAAAAAUCCAUAAUUCUAUAGCAUAAUUGUAAGAAUCCUUUAGAAAUAGUGUAUAAGUUUUGUGGUCAAUAUCGUAUGUGUGGGGGGAAAAAACUGGACAUGUUCUCUUUCAGGCCAUUCACCAUAUCCCAAUAUUUUGCUGAUUUUUUUAGCAUCACAUUGCUACUGUAUAUGGUGAAAUGGCAUCUUCUGAAAUUUCUUCAAUUUAUUAAUGUGAUUUUAUUUAAGAGGAGACAUAGAACCUAAUGGAAUCACUCAUAUCUGCAGCUUGUAAGCACUUAAAUAUAGAAUUAAAAAUGUAAUUGAAGUUACAUUUUGGUGGAGCAGAUAAUCAUGGCCUUUGACACUUUUGUCUAUGUUCUGGCAUUUUCUUGAUACUUGCUGGGCUUUAGAUAAUUAAACUGAGCGCAAUCUAUAUACCAGAAGAAAGAACUGGAAAGUAAGCUGUGUUUGGAAUACUUAACUUCAAAUUUGUAAUUUUUUUUCUGGUACAUAUUGCCAAUAUCAUGGAGGUUUAAAUGGGCUUACAUUUAGUUAUAUGAUGGAAUUUGGAAAGCAAGGAAACCUACGUUUUUAAGGAAACUUAUUGCAGCCUGAAACAAUAUUUUAAAAUGCAGAUUGUGGAUUCUAAUGAAUUUGGCUCUUGAAAGAAGUAAAUGUUUCUGUACCGAAAGCAUCUCUGGACUAUUUUAAUUAUAGGAAUCUCUGCGAGAGUUUGUGUACAUAAGACUUGAAUAUGGGAACAGUGAUUUUAUCAGUUUAUUUUGUUUUUAUUGUAGACUAGUUACUUACAUGCUCCAAGAAGAAAGCAUUUUGACAGUAUUCAGAGAUUUUUUAUAAGCGAUAAACAUGCAAGAUUUUCGAACAUUGGCUUAACAGAAAAUAGUCUGUUAAAAUAUUUAUUAUGUAAUGAUAAUUGCUUCAGUUCUUCUCUUAAACAUCAGAAAUGCAAAACAAACCAAAACUUUGAUUAAUCUCAUUUUUUAACUUAAAAAACUUUAUGUGGAACUACUGACAUCAAAAUAUAUAGCCCUGAAAUAAUGUUCAAUUUACUUUGGAAUCUGACGUAUAAUACUUUGCUAAACAAUCAAACUUUAGAGUAUUGAGUCUUAAAUUGUUCUUAAUUGGAAUGUUUAAAUAAAAUUGCCAGUCUUUAUUGUUUUAUAUCAUACCUUAAAUGCUGUGACAAUUGAGGCAAAUCUAAUAAAUUCAGGAUUUUUAUCCUGAUAGGGUUAGUUUUUAGUUUAUCUUGAAAUAUAGUGCUCAUUGCAGUAAAUGAAUUGCUAAAGGCAUACUCUAU